AUGAAUAGCAUCACAAUCAAUGUCAUGACUGCCCGGGACCCAACCCGUUUUCGAUUAUGUCUAGAUGACCUUCUCAUUUGCAAUGCUGUACAUCUACAUCUCCAUGAUACCAUGGUCGAUGUGAAAACUCUCAACCGCUUUUUCAAGUUGUGGAAGAUAAAUAAGUCGAGUCCCCGACUGGAACAUCUGAAAUUCAUGACUCUAGAAGAGGUGAGUACAGAUGUCCUUCUGAAGGGACUCAAUGCUAUCAAGAUGCCACAAACUACAACGAGAACAUUCCGAGUCUAUGAGAAUGCUCGGUGCAAAGAAAAAGUUGUGACUGGAGGGUUGGAUGUGAUAAGAUCGGAUGGGACACGAGCAACGUUGAAAGUUGAAGCGCUGGCUGGAACAACAGUUGUAGAGUUUUAUGUUUGGAUGUGA